UCUCUGUGACUUCUGGCAAGUGCUUUCGUUUUUAUGUCCAACGACCUAAGUCUGCAGUUUCUGGAGGCUGCCCCCUCUCUUUGGGUGUAUGUGGGAGUCAGGGGGUUGGUUGUAUAAGGUAAAUAGACUGAUGUCUGUACGUGGUGAAGAUUUACUUACAGUUAUUUUCUUGCUUUGGGGUCAUAAUUGAGAUUUGCUUCAUGAAGAUCUUACUUAGUAAUAUAAUUUGUUCCAGUUUUAAAUGCAUGGAGGUGGGAUGUUGUUGCCUUUACUAUGAAGAUAAACAACCAGAUCUGUGUAUUGACACAAGUCAAGUAUUUAGUGUAGAGGGACAAGUUCCAGUGAAACUAAACACUUCUGCCUUUGCAGAUUAUUAAACUUUCAGACCAGCUGCUUUUACCAGUUUUCCUAAACUUACCUUUGCAAAGGCAGCAGGGAGCUCUUGUCUUCCCCCACGUAAAAUCCCAUCAAAACGGAGAUUUUGCUGUGGUGAGAGCAGGGAGCUUGCUAUUUAAUCCACGUUAAGGACAGGCUUCGCACUGUCCGUUUGUUGGUUUGUUUUGUGACUUUAUUUUUGUUCUCCUGUUGAAACUAAUAAAGUACAUCUUUGGAAAAUAAGUGGUGGUUUAAUUAGGACAGCAAAGCAGUCUCUUUCUUAGCGGCACUUCUGUGACGAUGAAGUAGUCUCGUGCAAGAGAAUACGUUCUUUGCAAAUUGCUUGCUAUUCCGUCUAGUUGUGUUGGCUGUAAGUUCCUUUUGAUGACUCUCAUGAAACCCCAAGAGACUGAAAUGAAUAUGGGAUGGUGGGUGUGUUUGUGCAGUUGGCAGGGCAUACAAUGGGCAGGAGACAGGACUGUAAUUGAAAAUGAUCCCAUGGAAGGCUCUUUACUCAGUUAAAAUGAAGGUAGAAGUUGUCAUGGGGCUCGUGUUUCCAGAAUGACAGUUUACUCAUCAUUGUUAAGUGUGGCACUCACAUCACCUGUCACCUGCUCUCUGGUUGGUCACCUGCUCUCUGGCUUGUGUUUUGUUUCUGUUGCCAUUUGUAAGUUGCCGCGUGGGUCGGAAGUUUCCUCCUGGGUCGCUGAUGUCAGUGCCUGAGAAAUGUGCCCAGCCUGUUUCCGCAGCAGCGGGCUGACCCCUGUCUGCUUUAGACUGAGUUGGAGGGAUGAGCCAGAGCGUGGCUGCCUUGUCCUCCUGAACCCGCUGGCCCCUAUGUGGAGUAGCCCAGUUAGCGAUGCCUUGACCACACGAUCCAAGUAAUGGAAACAAAGGAUAUGCUUUACAUUGUCACUGAAUUUGCAAAAAAUGGAGAAAUGUUUGAUUAUUUGACUUCCAACGGGCACCUAAGCGAGAAUGAAGCACGGAAGAAGUUCUGGCAGAUUCUGUCGGCCGUGGAGUACUGCCACAGCCAUCACAUCGUACACCGGGACCUCAAGACCGAGAAUCUGCUGCUGGAUGGCAACAUGGACAUCAAGCUGGCAGACUUUGGAUUUGGGAAUUUCUACAAGUCGGGAGAGCCUCUGUCUACAUGGUGUGGGAGCCCCCCGUACGCGGCUCCGGAAGUCUUUGAGGGGAAGGAGUACGAAGGCCCCCAGCUGGACAUCUGGAGCCUUGGCGUUGUGCUGUACGUGCUCGUCUGCGGAUCUCUCCCCUUUGACGGGCCCAGCCUGCCAGCCCUGCGGCAGCGGGUGCUUGAGGGCCGGUUCCGAAUCCCCUUCUUCAUGUCUCGAGACUGUGAGACGCUGAUCCGCCGCAUGCUGGUGGUGGACCCUGCCAAGCGCAUCAGCAUCGCCCAGAUCCGGCAGCACAAGUGGAUGCAGGCCGACCCCACCCUGCCACUCACUCGCCCCACGAACGCUGCUCUCAGCUACAACUCCAACCUGGGCGACUAUGACGAGCAGGUGCUGGGCAUCAUGCAGACCCUCGGGGUGGACCGGCAGAGGACCGUGGAGUCACUGCAGAACAGCAGCUAUAAUCACUUCGCAGCCAUUUAUUACCUCCUCCUGGAGCGGCUGAAGGAGUACCGCAACACCCCGCCGUCGGCCCGGCCGGGCCCGGCCCGGCAGCAGAGGCCCAGGAGCUCGGACCACAGCAGUUUGGAGGUGCCUCAGGAAGGCCUCCCCGGUGAUGCUUUCCGGUCCUCUCUGCUGUGCCCACAGCCCCAGACCUUGGGGCAGUCUAUCCUGCAGGCCGAGAUGGACUGUGACCUCCACAGCUCGCUCCAGCCCUGGCUCUUCCCUGUGGACACCAACUGCAACGGCGUGUUCCGGCAUCGCUCGGUCUCCCCCAGCAGCCUGCUGGACACAACCAUCAGCGAGGAGGUGAGGCAGGGCCAGGGCCUGAAGGAGGAGCCAGAGGCGCAGAGACCCCUGCCUGGCAGCACGGUCCGAAGGCACACACUGGCCGAGGUCUCCACCUUCUCCCCGUGUAUCCCCCCAUGUAUAGUCAUCUCCUCCUCCUCGGCGAGUCCUUCAGAAGGCACCAGCUCGGACAGCUGUCUGACCUUCUCGGCGGGGGAUAGCCCAGCGGGGCUUAGUGGAUGCCUGGCUGCUCAGGGGCUGGUGGGCACCUGUUCUCCACUCAAACUGGCCUCACCACUACUGGGGGCCCAGUCAGCCACCCCGGUGCUGCAGGCGCAGGGGGCCCUGGGAGGAGCUGCCCUGCUCCCCAUCAGCUUCCAGGAAGGCCGGAGGGCUUCGGACACCUCACUCACUCAAGGCCUGAAAGCCUUUCGACAGCAGCUGAGGAAGAACGCGAGGACCAAAGGGUUUCUGGGCCUGAACAAGAUCAAGGGGCUGGCUCGCCAGGUGUGCCAGCCCUCUUCCAGCCGGGCCACUCGGGGAGGCCUGAGCGCUUUCCAGCUGCCCGCUCAGAGCCCAGGCCUGCAUGGCAGCGGGGCCAGUAGCCGGGAGGGCAGGAGCCUGCUGGAGGAGGUGCUGCACCAGCAAAGGUUGCUGCAGUUACAGCACCACCCAGCAGCUCCGCCCAGCUGCCAGCAGGCUCCCCAGCUGCCCCCAGUCCCGCUGGUCCUGGCCCCCUGUGACAGUGCCCUCCUUAUGUCGGGACUCCAGAAGGAGCUGGGGCUGGGGCCUGGCCCGCUGCUGCCACCCCACCUCCUCCAGCCCGGGGUCUCCCCGGUGGCCUCAGCGGCCCACCUCUUGGACACCCACCUGCACAUCAGCACUGCCACGGCACCCCUCCCUGCCGCCACACCCCUGCAGCCACACUUCGCCAUGCUGCCCUCGGGUUUCGACCCCAUGGGGCUGCCGCAGGGGGACUGUGAGAUGGAGGACCUGACCUCAGGCCAGCUGGGGACGUUUGUCCUGGUGCAGUGAGGGCUACCACGCCACCCUCCUCCUGCAUGGGCUGCUGACUCCUCGAAGCAAUAAUCUCAAGAGUAUGUGAAGGCGAUUCCGGACUCAAAGCCAAUAACUUCUGAGAAGCAAAACAAGCAAUACGUUUGGUGUUUUGGCUUUUUGGUUUAUUUUUGUUUUAUUUUCUCCUUGCACUGAACAGCUGCUGCUGUGAGUAGGGACUGGAAAGUUUCUGAAGAAAAAUAAUAAUUGAGGGUGUGUUGUGGGGGUGGGUAGACAGGAGGGAGAAGGAGGGAAGCAACAAGACAGAGGACAGUGCUGGCCCCGCUCACAGGCCAGCGCCACUGUGCGUCAGGUGGCGGCAGGAGGGGACCAUUAGCUCCCUCGUCCAUGGGCGCGUCGGGUCACAGAGGGCACUGCCUUGGACAAAGCCACAGUGUGAGCCACGCGCCGUGGGAACAAGUGUGUGCACCUCCGCCACGUGUGUGCACAUGCGGGGUUGAGUAGCAUCCUUUUUUAAUGAACAGUUCCACUUCCUGAAACAUUUAUGCUUCGAAUGAAAGCUGUGAACUUUGUGCUUUAUGCAUAAGUUUUUAAAAAGCUCUAAUGGCCAGCCCAGGAGAAGAUAAUCUGCAAAUUCUUGGAAUUCUCUCCCUUGAAGUCAGAACACAGAGGCUCACUUUUUCUUGUUUUCGAUGGGAGUGUUAUGAACUGCUUGGGGGUCGAUUCCAGGAGUCUUCGGAGGAGCCACGAGAAAGAACCUCAAAGGGGCGGGUAGGCUCUGUCCUGGCACUUGGCACAGGGCCUGGGUGCCUGUGAGGGAAGUUACCUCCUGCCGCACAUCUUAUUUCCGCUGCUAAUUAUGUUUUUACGCAUUUCAUUAUCAGGGUCCAAAAAGAACAGCUGACUGGGGGAUGUGCAAUAUAGUGAGGCUGGGACUGGGACAGUGGGCGGCGACCGCCUGUACUCACGGGUCACUGUCGGACAGCCCCACCUUCCCCAGGCCCAUAUCUGUUAGGCUUUUGUUCAAGAAAAUGGAAUGAAAGGUCAGGUCAUUAUUGUUCAAGCUUUGUUCCUUUUUAAGCAAAUACUGUAUAUGUGUAUAAAUAGACAGACAGACACUACUUAUUUUUUAUAUUUUUUACUACACCUUUGUGUUCCUGGUUUAAAUUACCCUCUGGCAAUGUUACAAAGUGCUGCACCAGGUCUGUGUGGAGGAAGGAGGCAAGUUGCCCUUACCUGGCAGGUAGACCCAGGUGGUGGCUCAGGUGGCCAUGGGCCUCUGAGUAAAGGGAGGUCGCUACUGCGUGCUCCCUCUGCCUGGUCAGCACUGGUCCUUUACCCCCAGGUGCCUUCAGCUCUCUUGGCUCUUACACCCUCAGUAUUAACAGGUAAUGGCAGGGGAAGGUCGGCAUUUAUAAAAGCCAAAGAUCACCGGAGUUUCUGGAGGGCGGGGAGGUGGUGGCCCAGAGAGGACACGGCCCCUGCUGGCCCUGCGUCUGCGUCUACCCAGCUUGCUGCUACUGUCCUUCCUGCCACCACUGCUGCUGCUCUGUGGCUGCUUCAAUGAUGGGGGCAAAGGACUGUCCUUACGCCUGGCCGCUGAGAACUCUCCAAGGCCUCUGCUGACUUGUAAGGAAGGUUGGGGACUGAGAGAGAACCUGGGGUCAUGGGCCUUUGCCUCCUCACAGACAGCAGCACGUGGAGUCCAACACAGAACCAGUUUCCCUUUUGAAAAUCAGUUCUGUUCUAACCCAGAGAUCAAAGGCCUCAGAACAAUGACAAGCACUUUACGUUCACCGUGGUUUUCUUUCUCGUUGCUGUUAAGUCAAGGUGUGUGUCUUGUUUAAGUGUGUGUGACGUGUGUUUUAUAGGUUUCUCCACAGUGCUGUUCCCGAAUGAAUGCAGUAGCCGUUCAAAGGCACUCUGUGAUCUGAUUAAGAUGUAUAUGGUUUGGUUUGUUGUUUUUUUUUACUAUAACUGAAUUAUUUUGUUUCUUAUGUUAACAUGACAAAUGUAUGCCAAAUGAUUAGUGGAUGUAUGUUUUUUAAUUUAAUAUUUAAAUAAAAUAUUGGAGGGGAAAACCUUGACUUUU